GUACAUGAUGGUCGUCACUCGAGCGUUUUUGCGUUCUCUUCCCACCGGUAUGCGGCCGCAGUGGGUGGGAUUCGAACGCGCGACGUCGUGCUCAAAAGCCGGACGGCAAAGCCAUUGUGCCACAUCAGCGGGUCAGUAGUCACCGUGAUCCCCGUCACCUCUCUCGAUAUUUUCAUCUCUCUUGAAAUCACUUUAGUCGCGUCGAGGCCUCUGGUUACCAGCGGAACAAAGUUUGAGGAACACUUCCUCAAAGUCGUGACUCCUGUCCUUUUAGAGUCUAAUUUGCCUUAAUGUGUAACAUAUGUCUCCCCGUCUUUUCGGUGCCAGCGUGGGUCAGCGGCAGCUGGUGUGCCUCGCCCGGGCUCUACUUCGCGGAACGAAGAUCCUUCUCUUGGACGAGGCCACGUCACAGAUGGACGGAGACACCGACCAGCUCAUACAGGUGGCGCUGAGGGACGCCUUCGCUCAGUGCACGCUUUUCACCAUCGCCCAUCGCCUGCACACUGUCCUCGACUAUGACAGGAUACUCGUUCUCGAAGACGGCAAAGUCAAAGAGUUCGACUCGGUAUCUAGGCUGCUUUCUGAUGAAUCAUCGAUGUUCUUCAAUAUGGCCACCGAGGCCGGCAUCAAUAGUGUUCGAAAAGAUGAACUCAUCAGCACCACUUUGUGAUAAUCUCUUAGUGCAGCCGUUUUUUUUUUUUCAUCGCACGCACACCAUCAUUCCUAUAGAACUACAUUUUACUGUCUAAUUUAUUUUAAUUUUUUUUACACUUACGAGAUCUUCUGUGACUCAGGUAGCAGGGUAAAUGGGCGUGGCUAAAUUAAAAUCGAGGGCACCGUGGAUUUUAGUCACCUCGCAAUAAGCUUUGUGAUCAAACGUUCGCGCCAUCAACGAACUUUAAAGAAACAGACGCACCAGAGAUAUCAUUGCUCCUUUUUAUGGCUAAGAAAACAAAACAAAGGAAGCAAGGGGGGAGAUAUUGUAGAUGUGAAUUAUUGUAUCAACAGCCUAGCUUGCACAGGUGUUCCACUACCAUGUUCUCCAAUGUGGACCGAAGCAAAACUGGCCGGUAUAGUUGGGCUUGAUUAGCUUACCUUUACUGUUUCGUAUCUUUAAAGUUUGUUACUUGUUUGUGUGCAUUGCUUCCACAUGUUUUCAUUGUGCCAUCUCUAUAAACAGAGCUGUUGGCAUUGUGUUCCUGGUGUUGUCAAUUAUUAUGUCCUCUCUUUCGCUUUCUAUACCCUUACCUCUACCUCCCGUGCAGUGUAUUCAACCACAAAUAUAUCUCUGACACCCUCCUUCCCUUCCAUUCUAUGCAUCCUUUCUCUCUCUUCUCAUCGUUCGUGCGCACCAUCGCUAUUUUUCUUAUCUUACUCACGUUGGACUUACACGUGGAUGUUCACGGUUCCGGAGAGAAAAGAGCGUAGAGCUCAAAAUCAGCGCACAGAAAGCGUUGC